UCAACAAAAAAGCAGGAGAUCAUAUUCGAUCCCCACCUCCUGCUCUCCACAAAGCCAUCUCUCCGCCGCCGCCGUCCCUCUCUUCGUCCUUCUCUAACUCUUUCCGCCCGAAAUCCAUCCCUUUCUAUGCUGCCGCCGCUGCCGGUGCCCUAACCUCUGGAGUCGCCGUCGCGGUAUAUCUCCAGUACUCCCUGCGAUCGAUCGAUGACCUUACGCAGUCAGGGACCGAGCAGCCCUACCCGGAUCUCGAGCAAACCCUAGAAAAGUGCAAGGGCUCAAUCCUCCGCUUGCUGGACCGGAUGGUACAAACCGGCAACGCCGCAACGGUUCUGUGGAAAUCGUUGGCGUCCGUCCUGUCGUCGGCGAAUCAGGAGGUCCGAUCAGGGUUCGAGCUGCGCGUAGCGGCGCUGUUGGCGGAUAUUGCAGCGGCGAGUGAGGCCCGCCGGUCUGCUAUCGUCGGAGCUGGUGGCGGAGCUGUAGUGGAUUGGCUGCUGGAGAGUGUUGCCGAGCCGAGGAAUGGAGGUGAUCAUGGCGGGACGCAGUCGGAGUCUGCAAGGGCUCUGGCACAUUUGAUCGCUGACCCAGAUGUGCGCGAGAAGGUGCUAGGGCGGCCAAAUGCUAUAACGAAACUCCUCAGAUUCAUCUUGUCCUUCCAGCCUAAGCGGCAGCCGAAGCAACUUAGACAUGUGUCAUUUGAGGGAGCUGAUCUUUGGAGGGGAAAAAGCAUGCUUGUAGCUGUUCUGAUGGACAUAGUCACAUCAAACUGUGACAAUAUUGAUAACUCGAUGCAUAAGCCAUCUUUGCCUGUAAAUGCAGAUAUAAGAGAUAUCGCUGCAGCCCUUGAAGUCAUUGAGGAGGGCGGAAUGCAUUUUGCUGAUAAUAAGGGGAAUGAGGAUGGCGAUGAUGGCAAUCCUGGAAUCAAGGGAAUUGCGAUAAAGAUUCUUGGUGGUACAACUGUUUUAGGAUUCUCAAGAAUGGACAACCGCAUGAGUUUGACAGCAACUGAUGACCUUGUGGAUUCAACCAUGUUUUUAACCAGAACUGUAGAGUUCCAGGGAAGUACCAGUUAUUUGCCAAAUUUGGGGGCCGUAGUUCCCUCAGCGGUUCCCGGUCUUUGGGAUGAUCUGCAGCGUGAACACGUGGCUGUCCCUUUUGCUGCAUGGGCUCUUGCUAAUUGGGCUUUGGCUUCUCAGUGUAAUCGCUCCUAUAUUCAAGAACUUGAUAGAAAUGGGCAUGCUGUUAUGAAUGCACUGACAGCAGCAGAAAGGACUGUGAAAUGGCAUGGAAGCUUGAUAGCUCGUGCACUCUUGUCUGACUUUGAUUUGCCAUUGACUGUUUCUGUUCCUGAAUGGAGUGCCAGUCUUCUUUCUACUGCUUUUCAGGCUAGUAAAGUUGAAGAUGUUCCUUUAGCACAAAUAGCGUUAUCAGCUUUUCUUGCAUCUAUUGAGAGGAGUAAUGAGGCAAGGAUUUUUGUGCAUGAUAGUGGCCUCACUCUGCUGAGGGAAAUAGCCAGCAAGUCUGGGAAAAAUAAGCAUUUGCAAGAAGCAUUGGUGAGGGUCUUAGGAUUGCUUUAUGAUGGUAAUAUGCAUUUAUCUCUUGAGGAAAGUCAGAAGUGGUCUGGAAUUCUUCUGCGAUGGGUUUUUCAUGAAAUUUUGUCAGAGAGUAUACGUUCAUCAUCGACAAAAUUACUUUCAUACAUCCUUGAAGACCAUGGGCCUGAUUCCAUACCAAUUUCUCAGGGAUGGUUAGCUAUCAUGCUCAAUGAAAUACUUGGAUCCAGCAAGACAGCAUCUUUAAAAGGAAGUUCUAUGGCAAAGUCUGAUAAAGUGAAGAGUAGAAUUGAACAGUCCACUGCCCUUUCAGCUGCUCAAGUGGUGAAUCAGUUAGCUAUUGGUGUUAUCGGACAAGCAAAGAGCAAGUUGGAAUCUGAUUCUGAUUCUACAGAUCAGCUUCCUCUUGCUGAUUUUCUUUCUCUUGAGCCGUUUGCUCCUCUAUCUAAAAACCAGAAGGGACGUAAUCAACAGAAGCUUGCUGCUGCUGAUUUAGCUUUUGCUACACUAAAGGGUAUCAAAGCAUUGACAGAGCUUUGUUCCGAGGAUUCUGAGCACCAAAAGAAAUUAGUUGAUUUUGGAAUCCUUUUCCUGCUUAAACGCUUACUUGUUGGAGAUGAUUAUGAAAAACUUGCAGCAAAUGAAACAUAUGAUGCUUCAAGAGCCAUGGAAUCUCAAGACCGACCCUCUACAGUUGCUGUUGACCAACCAGCCUCAGAUUCUAAUGAUUCUUCUAGUGUUCGUGUUCCUCCUGCUGCACACAUACGCAGACAUGCUGCUCAGCUUCUCACAGUCCUCUCUCUUCUCCCAAACGUGAAAAGUUCCAUUGCACAAGAUGAGAUGUGGUGCCAAUGGCUUGAGAGUUGUGCAAGUCAUAAAAUUUCUUGUUGCACUGAUCCAAAAAUUCAGAGUUAUGCAAGGGCAACACUGCUGAAUGUAUUUUGCUCUGAGAAUAUUGGAAAACAGUCGUUAAUGGAAACUGAGGGCCAAUCGGCAUGUGCUCGAUAUAAAGAUAUGCUAUUUUUGAUUAGUCCUGAGCUGCCACAUUGGAAAUGUUCCGAAAGGAAUGCUUCGAGAGACUCAUCGAACACAAAAGAAUCCAACUUUUCUGUUGUUUCUUCAAGUGGUGAUGGCAAUGGGUAUGUUUCAAAUCAAAAUUGUGGCAAUUCAGACUAUGUUAGCAGGAUAGAUGUGGCUUCACAUGGGGAGUCCCCUUUGAUUGAUGUUGUAUUUAUUCAUGGUUUACGUGGAGGGCCAUUUAAGUCUUGGCGUAUGGCAGAUGACAAGGUUUCAACCACUAGUAAAGAUGGGUUGGUGGAGCAUAUAGAUCAAGAGGCUGGGAAAGAGGGAACGUUUUGGCCAAGUGAAUGGCUGUCGUCUGAUUUUCCACAGGCACGCCUUUUUACUCUAAAAUAUAAGACCAAACUAACUCGGUGGACGGGAGCUAGCUUACCUCUUCAGGAAGUUAGCUCAAUGUUGCUGGAUAGGCUUCUUGUUGCUGGGAUAGGACAUCGUCCUAUUGUUUUCGUGACUCAUAGCAUGGGAGGCCUUGUUGUGAAGCAGAUGCUCUAUCAAGCCAAACUGAAUAAACUCAAUAAGUUUCUUGAUAACACUGUUGGAAUAAUCUUCUAUAGCUGCCCACAUUUUGGUAGCAAACUUGCAGACAUGCCUUGGCGUAUGGGCCUAAUACUGCGUCCAGCACCCACGAUUGGAGAACUUAGAAGUGGAUCUCCAAAGCUGGUAGAGCUGAAUGACUUUAUUCGCCAUCUUCACAACAAAGGAUAUCUUGAGGUUCUUAGUUUCAGUGAGACCCAAGUUACUCCAAUUGUUGAAGGUUAUGGUGGAUGGGCCUUUCGGUUGGAAAUUGUACCAAUGGAAUCUGCCUACCCUGGGUUUGGUGAACUAGUUGUGUUGGAUGCAACGGAUCAUAUCAACUCAUGCAAACCUGUCAAUCGAACCGAUCCAUCAUACGCUGAGACACUCAAAUUCUUGAAGAAAUUAAAGGAUCGUCUUACUUAGCUUUACCAGUUUUGGCAUUGCCUCCUGCAGCCUAGAUUUGACAUAAUGGAUCUCAGGAAUUGCAUUUCACCAUUUGCAGACUUAGCUCUCGCUGGAACAUCUUUAGAAAUCUUGUUUAAUGGUCUGCAGCUGCAUGAGAAGUUUGUGAUAUGAGCUAAGGCUCCGUUUGGGACGGCUUUCUAAGUGCUUCUUAAAGUAGUUUUUAGUAAUUUUUAUACUAAAAAGCUGCUUUAAAAGCAAUAAGAAAGUCAUCUCAAACGAACCCUGGACUGUGGGCCAAGUGGUAGAGUUCAGAAAUUCAAAUCACCAAAAGAGAAUCUGCCCCACAAAUCACACAAAUGGUCAGUCUCAUCAACUCAGAAUUGUUUUAUGUAAUUAUUUGCAUGGAGACUUAGCAGAGAAAUCAAGAUACCUGGAGAUCAGCCUCGUGAGAGAAGUAGGUUACAGGAAAGAGCCAAAUGCUACAAGCAGCUAUGUUCUACUAGAUGAAAAGAAAUAUCGCACCCAAAAAAAGGGAAAUAUGGUUUUUUUUUUUUUUGGUUUUUUUUUUAAUUAUUUAUUAAAUACAUUUUUUAAUUUUCUGAUGUUCAUAGUAAUAAGCUGUAUAUAUUUUUUAUGGAACACACACAGCUUUUGUUUCUUUCCUGCUAGAUUUUAGGCCUAUGGUGAGCACGUUCAUCUGUUAGUGGGUUGAGGUAGCCAAAGCUUCCUUCAGUUAUUCAUGGAAUUUCAUACUGCUUAUGAAUGCACAAUGAGUUAAGUAGAAUGUCA